CUUAUUCCAUCCCUCACCCUCCAUCCCAGGCUCUGUCUUGGCCGUGCUCCAUGGAGGACCUGGAAGUGGAGAUCCAGAGAGACGCAUCCCCCUCGGGUUCCCCUCCUCAGGAGAGAGCGUCUGAGCCUGGGCCUCCCUCCACUCCCUCACCCCCCUCCCCCCCAGCUGGCUCUGCCGUGCACGCCCUACAGACCAAGGUGAGGGCUGUCUCCUACCGGCCUGGGCGGAGGGAGAGGAGGAGAGACAAGAGGACUUCAGACAUCCAGCCUGUGGGGCCUGGCUGGUCCCUAGUCAUGCCCAGAGAGAAGGCCCGUGGCAAGGGUAGGGUGAACCCUCCAGUCCCCCUCAAAUACCCCGAGUGUGGAGGGGCAUUGAGCAGCAGUGAGGAAGAGGAGGAGGAUGGUGAGCUGGAGGUGCAGGUGGAGGUGGAGGUGGCCAGACUACAUCUAAAAACCUCCCCACCUGGCACGCCCGGGGAACCAGAGGCCCGGAGCUCCAGGAGGGGGGGAGGGAAGAACGGCUCUGACGGAGGCCCAGUUCGGACUGCCUCUGGUCAGCCCGUUCCUCCUCGAGGCCUGGGCGAGGGGUCCAGUGUGGAGAACCUCCAGACAGACGUCUUGAGCAGCACCACAGACGGCCCCUCUCCUUCAAAGCCUGCUCCGCCCUCCUCCUCUCUCUCCUUCUUGAUGACCUCUUCCUCCUCCACCACCACAUCCUCCUCCUCCUCUCGACACUGGGCACCCCCUAAAGGCUUCUGGAGAGUAGUGCGUCCAGAGACGCUCCACCUGAACGGUGCAGAGCCACUGUGUGCUGCAGCUUCACUUCCUGUGAAGGACUACACUCUGCUGUCGUCUCUUCCUGUAAAAGAUUACAGUCUGACUACAUCACUUCUUGUGAAGGAUUACGGUCUCACAACAUCACUUCCUGUGAAGGACCACGCUCUGAUGUCAUCCAUUCCUGUGAAGGACUACUCUAGGACCUCACUUCCUGUGAAGGACUACACAUUGACCUCAUCACUUCCUGUGAAGGACCACACUCUGAUGUCAUCCAUUCCUGUGAAGGACUACUCUAGGACCUCACUUCCUGUGAAGGACUACACUUUGACCUCAUCACUUCCUGUGAAGGACUACCCUCAGGAUUACACCUCAUUACUUCCUGUGAAGGACUACAUUCCAACCGCAUCACUUCCUGUGAAGGAGCUUGAUGAGCACCAGAGAACCAUGCUGGAGGAAGCAGAUUGGGGUGGUGCCAUGGCAACCCCCUGGGAGCUCCAGCGCUCUGACAGCCUGGAGAACUACUUGGACAGGUGUGAGCGGCGGGGGGCGGAGCCUGGCCUGGAGGGCUACCUGGACAGGUGUGAGCGGCGGGGGGCGGAGCCUGGGUUGCCGUUGGGAGGGCUGUGGAGGGCUGACAGCUGUGAGAGCGUGUGCUCACAGGGCGGUGCUCUGUCCAUCGACGAGAGGGUGGAAGCCAAUCAGAGGGCCCGAGGAAGACGGGGGCGGCCCGAGCGGGAGGAGGGGCUCUGCGUUGACAACCCGUAUCGCUAUGGAGACGAGGUCAGCAGGAGGGAGGAUAGAGGAGGUUGCCUGGACAGUGACUCCAACAGGUUGGUUCCUGUGUCCUACCCCAGGUCUCUGUUCCAAUCAGAAGAGCUUCCUCUGAGCCCCAGACAUGAGCAGGCUAAGCUGUUGCUGGAGCGCGCUCGCCUCAAGGCCCGGUCCAAUCACGUCAAAGGAGAGAGGCCGCCUCGCCGCUCGCAGUCCGACCAGAGAUACAGCCACCUCAGGAGGCAGCACCAGCACCCUCCCCCCCACAGUCCUGCUCCUCCCCAGAACCCUGCAGAGCUCAAAACCACAGAAGAAGUCCCUGCUCCAGCUCCGCCCCAGCCCGGCCCACUCCUCGUUCCCCAGGAGACAGACUCCUCCACCGGCGACCGGCGCUUGCGUCACCAAGGUUACUCACCCACACGGGUGCGGUUCGAAGAUGAAUCUGAGAGGGAGGCGGAGUCUCGCUACCUGGACAGGGUGAGGGAGCGUGGGCGGAGCCACAAGCUCAAGGCGGGGAAGAAGGAGAAGAGGGUGGACCCCGUCAUCGCCGUGGCCCCGCCCAGACAGGAUGAGGCAGGGCCAGCGAGCGUGGAGGCUGCAUGGGGACAGGAAGUGACAUUGAGGAAGUGUGAGGCAUGUGGGUCAAUCCUGAGAGACCCUCCUCCAAUGGCGGGCAAGCCCCAGGUUGCUCCCACCCCCUCGCUGCCCAACGACGACCAAUCAGAGAAGCCGACCUCUCGAUGGGCGCCACCUCCCAGCCGAUCGGAACCGAGCGUCCAGGGAACAAAAGUCAAAGUGCCGGUGGUGACGUUUGCAGGUGCUUUCAUCCUGGGGGAGGACGGCUCUGGGGGGGGCCGGGGGGGCGGGGGCGGGUGGGGGAGAAGGUCAGGGUUCGGGAAGCUGCGCAGACGCAGCCGCAAAGGAGAGAGCCGUCUGGAGUCCGGUAACGGGCCGUACGGGCCCUCCUGGGCCCAGAGACGUAACUCCCUCCCACGGCCCCGGGGCCACGCCCCCACAGAGAGCCCCGCCCCCACAGAGCACCCUCCGGUGGGUAACAGCAAGGAGAGCCCCACCCCUCCACUGCCUAUCAAGUCUGCUCUGAAGUCCUCCUCCAGGCCCCGGCCCUCCGCCAGCCCCUCCGUCCAGUUCAGGCUGAGCCAGGCUGGGGAGCCCGGGGGCCCGGUGGGGCUGGGGGCCCUGGAGACAGGGGUUGAGGGGGGGGUGGCCCCCUCCCAGACCGCGGGGCCCCCCGCCCUGGUGCCCUGCAUACGGCCCUCCUCUCUCCGGUACUCCUCCGCCAGGAUCACCCCCGACCUUCCGCCAGCCGAACUCUGGGACACGCCCUCGGACGGAGGUGUGGUGCUGGCCGGUGACUCCUCCCCUCCCAUCCCAGAGUUCCGCCCCCGGGGAUUGGGCGUGUCCAGGACGGACGACUUGAGGGCAGAGCUUCUGCGGUCGGAGCACCUGAAGGCAGAGGGCCAAUGGGAGGAAGGCCCUGAAGGAGCUCGCAGGGGUCCAGGGAAGCUGUCCCUGCGCCGGUUCUUCUCCUCCCUGGGUCUGAACAGCGUGGGCAGGCUGGUGAAGGGGGGCCGCUCCAGCAGCAUGGAGCAGCUCAGCGUCCCGCCCCCCUGUGCCAGCUCCCCCAGCCCCACCCGCAGGCCUCACUCCCCCACACGCCUGCAGAGGACCCCCUCCCUGCAAGCCCUCAAUACCGUGUCCCCGCUGGCCCAGCUGCGCAAGGCGUCGUCGGUGCAGAGUCUGGAGAGGAGAGCCGAGCGCUCCACCAUCUUGGGAGAGCUGCACGUGCCCUGCGGACUGGCUCCCAGGGAGCUCCAGAGGGCCCUGAGUGUGGAGGAGGUUCUGGCCCCGGGGGGGACCCUGCGCCCCGUGGGGGGGACCCUGCACCCCGUGGUGUCCCAGCCCCUCCAGGACGGCACCCUGCUGUUGGAGAUCUCCCGGCCGCCCAACGGACCCUUCGGCUUCCUCAUCUCCAGGGGCAAAGGUCGCCCCGACACAGGUGUGUACAUAGAGCAGGUGGGUGGCGGCCCAGGGGAGGGGCAAUACGUGGGGCUGCUGGGGGUGGGGGAUGAGAUUCUGGAGGUAAACGGGGAGGCUGUGGGCGGGCUGACCCUGGACCAGGUGACCCGGCUCAUGACCCGAGACAGCACCGCCUCCCUGCGCAUCCUGCCCUGCCGCCACAGCCCGCGCUGAGGAACCUGGG